UGUAACAGACACAGUGGAAUCACUUGAUGGCCGGCAAUGUAUACCGCGUUAUCGUUCCAAGUGUCUCGCUACUACUUUUCGAAGUGUUAGCACAAUUUUUAUUACUUUUUUAUUUAAUAGUUAAAUUAUUUCAAAUAUAUAAAUAUCCAUACGUUUGAAACAUAAUUACCGUAAAAAGUCUCGAUAGUCUUAUACGAAAAUAUAAAGAUAGAUCAAAUGUUAAUUCACCGAGUAAUUAUCUGUUAUAAUAUCGCAAUUAAUUUACACGAUUACAUAUGAUUUUAAGUGCCGUCCGCAAUACGUGUUUAUGAUAAUAGGAACUCACGUUCGUUAAUUUUUUGCUUCCAUUUUUACUGUUAUUAUUCGCGUUUCCAUUUAUCAUGACGAUUGGUCGAUGACGUUCAAGUAACAAUACUUUAUUAUAAUAUAAACGAUUCGUAAUCUCAGCACAAUUGGUGCUAGUUACUAUUUGCAUCGGUGUCAUCGAAAGAAAUGUAUGGGACCGAUCGAACCUGUAUCGUAUUAUAAAUGCAUAAAUCUUUCGAUGCGUUGGAAUGCAAUAAACAUUGUUCGAGUGUUGUGAGUGAACACUGGGAGGUAACACCUCAGUGUCGUCCUCCCUCGAGAAAAGAACGAAGAGUGGUAUUACCUUUCGAAGAUGGAGAGUCGUGUACUCGGUGGACCCACAACGGAGGAGUCAGCAGUGGCGGUAACAACAACGUGCAACAUCGGUACACCCUCUCCAGUGCCAACGACACCGAUCAACGCAGUUCCUGGUGUUGGUGGUGCUGGUUCUGGUACUCUUACUUCAACCACUUGUACUAUUCAGAAUCCUGUGGUCGUCGUAGCAAGCCCACCGACUAAACACCAACAAUCCGCUACCGUACUAUCCACUGCACCCGUCAUCCCUACUGUUCCUACUGUCCCUACUGCGGUGUCCACUGUCACUGCUGUUACCGCUACUGUACCGAAGAUACUUAGCAGAAAUGUCAACGGCACGUUGGUACAGACAUCAGUGCCUCAGAACGAAGCAGAACUGCAACUAUACAGAGUGAUGCAACGUGCUUCUUUGUUGGGCUAUUAUGAUACUCUUCUAGAAAUGGGUGGUGACGACGUCCAGCAAUUAUGCGAUGCUGGAGAAGAGGAAUUUCUAGAAAUUAUGGCAUUAGUUGGUAUGGCGAGCAAACCUCUUCAUGUCAGGAGACUUCAAAAAGCUCUUCAGGAAUGGCUCACAAAUCCUUCACUUUUUCAAACACCGGUUGUACCAACAAAUGCCACGUGUAAAAAUCCAGGAAGCAUAGGAUUCCCUUGCGCGAGUCCCAGGCCGCAGGUACAGAAUCUUCAGGGUUUCACGACAACUUCGCAAACAGUAACCGCUACCCCUUACGUUUCGUCGCAUGUAUCAUUAACGCCAUUGCCAUGCAGAAGUACCAGCCCUAUUGUAUCUGUAACGAGUGUAACGGCACCAGUCGCUUCUACGACUUUUCGACAGAGUCCAAGCCCUAACACGUCUUUACCUUACGCAACGUCUCACAGCCCUGGUGUAUUACAAGUAGGAACAUGCGAGUCUUCCUGUGGUAGUGGCACAACACCAAGUCCUAGCGGUGGCGGUGGUGCCCCUGCGAGUCCGACCCAGCCAACUCCAACCCUUUUACAAUCACAAAUACAAAGACUCGCCGAAGCCGCUGAAAGACUUGCUGCUACUAUUCGACCGGUUGAUCCAAAACCACAUAAUGUUAAGAAAAAGAUUUGCAAAAAUUUAGAGAUAGUAAUGGCUAUGCCUGAUAGCGAUCCGCGUAGAAUGGAAGAAAUUAGGAAAUAUGCAGCAAUUUAUGGAAGAUUUGACUGUAAGAGGAAACCAGAGAAACCAUUGACAUUACAUGAGGUGUCAGUAAAUGAAGCUGCUGCACAAAUUUGCAGGUUCGUACCUGCCCUUCUUACUAGAAGAGAUGAACUGUUUCCUUUGGCCCGGCGCGUUGUGAGAGAUUCUGGGUAUCAUUAUUCAAAAAGUCAUUAUUUAUCUGUAUCGAGGUCGCGUGAAAAUGGCGAAGAUAACGAGCCCGAACGUACAAAACGGCAAAAGCUUGAACUCGAUGGUGAGAAUGAAGAUGCCACCCAGGAGGAGUUGGAUCUUCGGUGUCCUGAGAUAGAUAUAAAUAACUCGACGAUGAGAAGACAUAGAUCAUCAAGUCCAGUUUGGAGGAAGAAGAAUAACAAUGGUAUGUUCGGUGGAAAUAUUGAAGAAAUCAGCGAUUCUGAUAGCCAACUCUCAUUUUCAAAUGAAGAAUCUUCAUCGAUACAUGAUACUAAUGAAGUUGAAGCAGAUAAUACUGAUAAAGAGAGUGAUUUCAAUCUCAAGGUAAUAGCCUCGCGUGGAGACAAUAUAAUUGCAGUAGCAAAUCCUGCAUUAAUGGAAUGUAAUCAUCCCAUAAAAGAAGAACCAACGGACGAAAAACCUACGCUGUGAUAUUGUUGAAAAUAUUGUAUUAUCUUAUUUAGUAUCAUUCCUAAAAGUGUAUUUCAGCUUGUAUUAGAAUUACAAUUAUUAUCAUUAUCUUUA